AGAGAGAGAAAGAGAAAGAAUGCGUAGAUACGCUGAAUACGCCAAGACUAUGCAGUAAUUCGAUGCGUUUAGUUGCAUUUAGUUGUCGCGCGAGUGAGUGCGAUUGUUUUUUUCUUCGAUGAAUUAGGAUAAAUAUGCGCUGGCUAAUACGUCUGUGUACCCUCGCGAUUUUGCUGGUGCACAGCAUAGAUGCGAAUAGCGAGGAAGUGCCAUUAACCAAAUUCGGUGCAAAGACUGGGCCGACCUUAAGAUUCUUUUACUGCUACUCAUGCGGCUAUAGAAAAGCCUUUGAACAAUAUGUGAGUAUUCUUAAAGAAAAGUAUCCAGGACUUCACAUCGAAGGAGAAAAUUUUAAUCCAUCGGGUUACAAUAUGUUAAUUGCAAAAGUGCUGGGAACAUUGAAAAUAUUGGUAAUUGUUCUAAUUAUAAGCGGAGUUGACUUUGGAUUGCCCCAAACAUCAGUAUGGCAAUGGUGUAUAAGCAAUCGUUUUUAUUCCUGUGUACUCAUUUUUCUACUUUGCAAUGCGGUAGAAGGUCAACUGAUUUCAUCAGGUGCAUUUGAAAUACAUUUGAAUGACGUUCCUGUUUGGUCAAAACUUGAAACCGGCAGGAUACCUCGGCCACUCGAAUUAUUUCAAAUAAUUGAUUUCCAUUUAGAUCCAGAUAUGCAAUUUUCAGUUGAAAAGAUGAAAUUUCAAACAUAAAACGUAAUUUUAUUUUGUAUUCAAAAAUUAAUGUAAUUACAUACCAUACCACAGAAAGUUUGCUAAAAUGGUGUAAUGUGAUGAAAAUAUGUACAAUAUAUUUACUAAGUAAGUAAA